AUGCCGGAAGCGCCGAAGUUCCGAAGUUCAAAAGUUCAGGAAGUUCCGAAGUUCAAAAGUUCAGGAAGUGCCGAAGUUCAAAAGUUCAGGAAGUGCCGAAGUUCAAAAGUUCAGGAAGUGCCGAAGUUCAAAAGUUCAGGAAGUGCCGAAGUUCAAAAGUUCAGGAAGUGCCGAAGUUCAAAAGUUCAGGAAGUGCCGAAGUUCAAAAGUUCAGGAAGUGCCAAAGUUCAAAAGUUCAGGAAGUGCCAAAGUUCAAAAGUUCAGGAAGUGCCAAAGUUCAAAAGUUCAGGAAGUGCCAAAGUUCAAAAGUUCAGGAAGUGCCAAAGUUCAAAAGUUCAGGAAGUGCCGAAGUUCAAAAGUUCAGGAAGUGCCGAAGUUCAAAAGUUCAGGAAGUGCCGAAGUUCAAAAGUUCAGGAAGUGCCGAAGUUCAAAAGUUCAGGAAGUGCCGAAGUUCAAAAGUUCAGGAAGUGCCGAAGUUCAAAAGUUCAGGAAGUGCCGAAGUUCAAAAGUUCAGGAAGUGCCGAAGUUCAAAAGUUCAGGAAGUGCCGAAGUUCAAAAGUUCAGGAAGUGCCGAAGUUCAAAAGUUCAGGAAGUGCCGAAGUUCAAAAGUUCAGGAAGUGCCGAAGUUCAAAAGUUCAGGAAGUGCCGAAGUUCAAAAGUUCAGGAAGUGCCGAAGUUCAAAAGUUCAGGAAGUGCCGAAGUUCAAAAGUUCAGGAAGUGCCGAAGUUCAAAAGUUCAGGAAGUGCCGAAGUUCAAAAGUUCAGGAAGUGCCGAAGUUCAAAAGUUCAGGAAGUGCCGAAGUUCAAAAGUUCAGGAAGUGCCGAAGUUCAAAAGUUCAGGAAGUGCCGAAGUUCAAAAGUUCAGGAAGUGCCGAAGUUCAAAAGUUCAGGAAGUGCCGAAGUUCAAAAGUUCAGGAAGUGCCAAAGUUCCAAGUGCCGAAUUGAACUGAAGUGCUAA